AGGAGCAAAGAGUCAGAAAUAUUCAAUAGUUUAAUUAAAGAAAUACCACUAUCCGGUGAAAUAUUGACUCAGCUGGAUAAAGCAUCAGUCAUUAGACUGGCUAUUACUCACCUUAAAAUCAGAUCCUUCUUCUUGUUUGGAAACAAAGAUGUUGUGUGCACAUUUUCAUCAAAUGAGCUGGAGAGCAAAUUAAACAAACUCUAUUACAAGGCCAUCAAUGGUUUCAUAAUUGUCCUCACAAAUGCAGGUAGUUUGGUGUAUGUAACAGAGAACAUAAAGCAGCAUUUAGGACUUUCUCAGAUUGACAUGCUGGGUCAAAAUAUUUUAGACUUCAUCCAUCCUUGCGAUCAUGAUGAAAUCAAGGAUAUG